AAAAAAGAAAUAACAAGAUAGCGACCACAUGCAUUUGUCAAAAAUCAUUAUUUAAUUUAUAUUUUUCCCUCUCAAAACCCCCUCUCAUUUCAUCAAUCGGCAAACAGACACACUCUGUACCGCACUUUUAAAAGUUCCAAACCCUCCUUCAUCCCCCACCCCACCACACACUUUCCUAAUUUAUCCACUCUUCACUUUCAACUUUCCACUCACCGGAAUAACAAUAACAAUAACAAUGCCGCGAAAUGUGGCGGUUUUAAUCGCCGUUGGAGCCGUUCUCGUUGCCAUUGCUGGAGCUGAAGAUCCGUACAGGUUCUUCACCUGGAAUGUCACCUAUGGCGAUAUUUAUCCUCUCGGAGUCCGUCAACAGGGGAUUUUGAUCAAUGGACAGUUUCCUGGACCUGAUAUUCACUCUGUUACAAAUGAUAAUCUCAUUAUCAAUGUGUUCAACAGCUUACCCGAGCCGUUUUUAAUCUCAUGGAAUGGAAUUCAACAAAGAAGGAAUUCGUUCGAAGACGGUGUUUAUGGCACAACAUGUCCCAUUCCACCCGGUAAAAACUUCACGUACAUUCUCCAAGUGAAAGAUCAGAUCGGAAGCUUUUACUACUUCCCAUCAUUAGCGUUUCACAAAGCCGCUGGUGGUUUUGGAGGUAUCAGGAUCCUAAGUCGUCCAAGAAUCCCCGUCCCUUUUGAUGAACCCGCCGGAGAUUUUACCGUUCUUAUCGGAGAUUGGUACAAAGCUAACCACACGACCUUGAGAAGAGUUCUAGAUGCAGGUCACAGAAUACCUUUCCCUGCUGGAAUUCUCAUUAAUGGGCGUGGACCAGGCGGUGCUUCUUUCACUGUUGAACAAGGGAAAACUUAUAGGCUAAGAAUAUCAAACGUGGGAUUACAAAACUCGCUCAACUUUCGCAUUCAAAACCACAAGAUGAAACUAGUCGAGGUCGAAGGAACACAUACGGUCCAACAAACAUAUUCUUCGUUAGAUGUUCAUUUAGGACAAUCUUACUCCGUGCUAUUCACAGCCGACCAACCCGGUCAAGACUAUUAUAUUGUUGUCUCCUCCAGGUUCACCACCCCUAUCCUCACAACAACCGGCGUUCUUCACUACUCCAACUCUGCCGGACAAGUAUCCGGCCCAAUCCCUGGUGGGCCCACCAUCCAAGUCGAUUGGUCCCUUAACCAGGCCCGGUCCAUCAGAACCAAUCUUACAGCAAGCGGGCCUAGGCCAAACCCGCAAGGUUCAUACCAUUAUGGCAUGAUCAACACGAGCCGAACCAUCAUUCUCCAGAGUUCUUCGGGUCAAGUUAAUGGUAUGCAACGAUACGGGAUCAACAGUGUCUCUUUCAAGCCUGCUGACACUCCCCUCAAACUUGCUGAUUACUUUAACAUUGGAGGGGUUUUUCGUGUUGGAAGCAUAUCUGAUAGACCAACUGGUGGCGGUCUUUAUGAAGAUACGUCGGUUAUGGGGGCUGAUUUCAGAGCUUAUGUUGAAAUUGUCUUCGAGAACCCAUCCAAUAUUGUUCUCAGUUAUCACAUUGAUGGCUACCAGUUCUUCGUUGUUGGGAUGGAUGGCGGACAAUGGACUCAAGCUAGCAGGAACGGUUACAACCUUCGAGACGGUGUUGCACGCAGCACAAUCCAGGUUUACCCGAAAUCAUGGUCAGCAAUUUACGUCGCACUCGAUAACGUGGGAAUGUGGAACGUGAGGACGGAAUACUGGGCUCGACAAUACCUCGGUGAACAAUUCUACCUACGUGUUUACACAAACUCGGGGUCCAUCAGAGACGAAUUCCCAAUCCCGAAGAAUGCACGACUGUGCGGGAGGGCAGCCGGGCGCCACACACGGCCUCUCUGAUACCAGUUGAAGGUAUGAGUCUAGUAGACAUGUUGUCACGUUUAGUAUAAUUGAAUUCAUUUUGGUUUGUGUAAUUUAUUCUUGUGGUGCUAUAUAAGCACUACCUGAAAAAUUAGUGUUCACUUUAGAACUGUUUAUGACCUCACCUCAAGGUCACAAUUCUUUUUAUUUUCAGUAUCUAUAUAAGUCUGCUUUUUGUUGUUAUGAUUAUUGUAAUGUAAUAAACCCUUACAAGAUAUAUAUGACUCAUGUCUGUUGCUUCACCUUUUACGUUAAGGGGUGUUGGAUUUGAAUUUA